GGGGAUUAGAAAUACGACAGCGGUAUUAGGCGAGAGGGAGGACUCUCUUUUUAUUUUGAUUCUAUUUCUCACUUACUCUACGUCGUCCAGAACAUAAAGUAUGGACCGUGUUGAGGUGUCUGGUGGUGUCACCGGGGAAUUUCACAAUCGCCUCGUUGCCCCCAAAUACUGGCUUCAGAUUUUAGCGGCUGGUUAUGUUGCUCAUCUCCUCUAUUCGGCUGUCCAACGAUAUUUCGAGUACAGAAGAGACACGGCAUUCGGCCUCCAGCAUGGAUGCCAGCUGCCGCCAGAAUUACCAAAGCGAUGGCCGUUGGGCAUCGAUCGCAUAAAAGAACUAUGGGACUCCAACGCCGAAGGUCGUCUUCUUGCGUUUCUCUGCUCUGUUGCAAAGGACUAUGAGCCCCGGAAUAACCUCACACAAUAUUUAUUAUUCGGUCCUCGGGCAUUUCAUAUCCUACACCCAAAAAAUGUCGAAGCCAUUCUUUCUACGAACUUCAAAGAUUAUGGGUUUGGCGUAAGACCUGACAUUUUCGCACCAUUAUUGGGCCAGGGAAUCUUCACCCAAGAGGGGCCAGCCUGGAAGCACUCGAGAGAUCUCCUCCGAAAACAAUUCAUUCGAGUGCAGUAUCAGAACCUGGACCACUUCCGUGAGCAUGUCGAUAAUCUGAUCGCCUGUCUGCCUUCUACCGGCGUUGUUGACUUGCAACCACUCUUCUUCAAUCUCACCAUGGAUACGGCAACUGCGCUGCUCUUUGGUAGCUCGAUCUACAGCCUGAGAGCAGGGAUCGACCAGGAUAUGGAAAACCAGGCUUUUGCGGAGAGCUUCAACGUCGCUCAGGAGGGUCUUGCUAAACGUUUCCGAAUUGCACCGUGGCAUUGCUUCUAUAACCCUUCGUCCUUCCAGAAAGCCUGUUCGGAGGUACACCGGUUUGUGGAAAGAUACAUCGAUAAUUUAGACCUCCACGAUGAGUCCAGCUCAGAAGAGCGAUGCUAUGGAUUCAUUAAACAGAUUGCAGCGGAGUCGCCAACAACAAAAGAUCUCCGGAAUCAGCUCCUCAAUGUUCUGCUGGCUGGGAGAGAUACUACCGCAUGUUGUUUAUCUUGGACAUUCCGUCUUCUUGUCCGUCAUGAAAAUGUCAUGUCACGUCUCCAGCAGGAAGUCAAGUCCGUCAUAGGAGAUCAAGCACAUCCAACUCGAGAACAGAUCCGAAAAAUGCCAUAUCUCGCUCUAGUAAUUAAAGAGAGCCUGCGGCUAUAUCCUCCAGUCCCACUUAAUAAUCGUGAGGCGAUUCGCACCACGAUCCUCCCCACCGGCGGUGGCCCGGAUGGAGAAAGCCCUAUGUUAGUUCGGAAAGGUGAACUGGUGGUAUUUUCGCAAUAUGUCAACUCUAGAAAGAAGAACAUCUACGGUGCUGAUGCGGACGAUUUUCGUCCCGAGAGAUGGGAAGGGGAGGAGGGCGCAAACAUCGGCUGGGCUUUCUUUCCAUUCAAUGGUGGUCCCCGACAGUGUCUGGGAGAGGACUUUGCUCUGAUGGAGGUUUCGUAUACGGUUGUCAGGCUUUUACAGCAAUUUCCUCAUAUCCGAUUGCCCGAGAAUGAGCCUAAUGAGCCUCCGGGGAGUGAGAAGCAACAGCUGACUCUUGUCCUGUCAAGUGCAGAUGGCUGUAAGGUUGAGCUUCAAUCUAGCUGAAUUGUAUAGGUUUAUAAGCUUAGACCAACCGAAUGUCAUAGGCCAAAACUGAUAUCUCUCUUUUUCUCGCUGGUGCUAUAAGUAAAUUUAUUGGCCUUUUCUG